GACAUUUGCAGCUACAAAAUUUUAAGAAGCAAACAUUCUUAUACAUAAGAGGGGGUCACAGAAGCCAAAAAUAUGAAAUAAUUUGUCAUGUCAGUUUUAGGGGCCCUAAGACACCCAGCUAAAUUACCAAUAAUACUUCAGAGAAGGGGGAAGUAGUCAACAGCUAGUGGAAAAAGUGCUCUGUGUGAUCUCAACCUCUCUGGGCCUCCACUUCCUCAUCUGUAAUAAGAGUAGGUUGGACUAGACCACGGGAUGGGAAGAGACCAAAGUUCCAUCCAGUCUUCAAUCCUAUGCUAGGCACCUUUACUGGCACACAGGGGAGGCUGCCAUAGGCAGGGCAGCACCUCUGAGGACCUGGGCAGUGGGCUAGACAGGUACUGCCUGUAUUCGCCUUUUGAUACUGAGGGGAUCCUGGGAAGGCUUCUCUGAAGACCGCCUAGCCACUUGAUGGACCACAGUGGGUAGGACAGAGAAGAUAGCCUCACUAGCCUCACCCUGAAGUGCCUGGAAGUCAUGGAUCUUGAUUACUAGGCUGGCACGAGGGUCACAUUAUUUAAGAAGACAGAAAAAGCUUAUCAGCAUAAAACAAGAAAAAGUGGAAGGAAGAGCAAGAUUACAGAAAGCUUGGUGAGAAACCCAAUUAAACCUCAUCAUUCGAAGAUCAUGGCACGAGAGAAAACACAGAUAAUCGGAACAGCUGUCUUAGAAACUGCAAUGCAGAUUUAUAGCAUGAAAACCACCAUACCCAAACACACAUAAAGGGAAGUCCAAGAAGAGGUUUGUGUUCGCCUUAUGUGCCUCCUUAAGGUCUUAGCAAUCACUCUGUGUCCCUUAUCUGAGUCUCUCUGACGCCUGAGAGUAAGGGGGGGAAUGGAAAGGGGGAUGGGAAGGUAAGGGAUUGAACAGUUGAGGUGAGAGGAAAGGACAGUCCCCACUGAUUGGUGGUAAUAGAAGGCAUGCCUUCUCUGUGGUUGCUAAGUAACAGAUGUAAACAAUAGCAACUGUGGGAUCAUGGCUUCUAACUACAGUGCUAAUCAGUUUGAAAAUUCCUUUGCCCCGAACUAUCUUCGGAACUGGUGCAUAGCCAAAGACGACAAAAAGCGCCCUGAAACCCACGAUGGCUACACUCAGAUCAUCGCUAAUGAUCGUGGUCAUCUGCUACCUUCAGUUCCCAGGUCCAAGACCAGUCCCUGGGGCACAUUCAUGGGUACCUGGCAAAUGCCUCUGCAGAUACCACCAGCUCGAAUAACCCUGACUUCUCGUUCCACUGCUGCUGCCAACCGACUAAUAAACUGGGUGCAGAAAAACCCCGAUCUACUCAAUGCUUCCAAUGGACUACGUCCAGAAAUCCGGGGACAUCCCCAAGAUUCAGGACCACACAGAAACGGGAGCCCAAAGCCCCCAGAGAAGACUACUACUCCAAAGGCUGUACAAGAGAUUCCGCAACCCUCGAAACCCUCUUCAGUCGUAAAUUCCCCACCCUCAAGAGGCCUCCCCAAGGCCUCCCCAGCCCCACUUCCACCCCCAAAUCGAAUCCGUUCAUGCUCAUGCUCCUGCUCCAGCUCCAGAGCUUCAAGAACUGCACCCAACAGUCCUGUGACUCCAGAGGCCUGCCAUAGUCCUAAUGAGCCUGAGGGCCAAGAAAUCCAAGAGAGGAAUAUGGAAAAUUCUAAUGAGGAACCCCAGCAGGAGUCGGAGGCACGAGCCCCACUGAGUCCCAAGGAGAUAAUGGAGUGAACCUAAUUCUGCUUCAGGAAUGUCAAACAAGUUUAUAUGGGGUGUGGAUAAAUGAAAAUUUUAAAAAUAAAAUGUGAAGUUUUCUUCUGA